AUGGUGCCGACCAUUGCCGCCCGCCGUAACACCCGUGCCGCCCAGGCGGCUACUGGGAGCCCUUCCGCCCUGCCGCCGGCUCUGCCGGCGGGUGCGUCGAUGCGCAAGGAAAGUGAUGGAGCGAGGCUGCUGUGCCAGGCACUCAAGGGAAAGAAAAUUCUCGUGGUGGACGACAACAUGGUGAACCGCAAGGUGAUGGCACGCAUGCUGCAGCGGUACGGCGUGGAGGUGGAGACGGUGGAUGGCGGCGCCAAGGCUGUCAAGGCCGUGCAGCAGGCGACCACCAGAUUUGAUUGCGUCUUCAUGGACGUGCAGAUGCCGGAGAUGGACGGGCUUGAAGCCACGGGCCUCAUCCGCAAGUAUGAAGCUGAUGUGAAUGGUGGAAACAAUAUAAAAGGCCGGGGAGCAGACCGGCUAUUAGUGAUUGCACUAACAGCUGAUGUGGGUGCUGGCACGAGGGAGAAGUGCUUGAAGCAUGGGAUGGAUGGGUACAUGACCAAACCUAUAGAGGAAGAGCAACUCUACGGCGCCACAAAUAACAGCAACUCAGCCGCUCCAGCCGACCCUCCACCCACCGAAGCCCUUCCCCCCUCAGCAGCAGCAGCAGCAGCAGCAGCAGCAGCAGCCAAAGGACCUUCCCAGCCGGAGCCCCGGCUGACGCACGAGCAGUACUCAGGUCUGGCGGAAGGCGCGGAUAUGGACAAGGUGGUGGCAGCGCGGGUGAGGGACACGGAGGGCAUGCUGGAAGCGCUGCGCAGUGCGGCGGGCAGCAGCUUUGAGGACAUGGCGCUGCACCGCGAGGAGUCCCGCGCCCACCCCGAGGCGUUCGGGCAGCGCGACUGGCGAGGACCAGCAGGGCAGGUGCGUGAGUGGAAGCACAGCAGUGCGGCGGGCAGCAGCUUUGAGGACGUGGCUCUGCACCGCGAGGACUCCCGCGCCCACCCCGAGGCGUUCGGGCAGGCAGCGCGACUGGCGGCUGAAGGAGCAGAGCAAGAGCCACAGGGUGAUGUACCGCCAGGGGCGGAGGGGGUGUUCAUACCUCCAUCUUCCCCUCCCCCCUCACCUCCCCUAGACAAUCCUCCCCUUCUUCAUACCUUCUCCUCCCUCGCCCUGCUUGCAGCUGAAGGAGCAGAGCAAGAGCCACAGGGUGAUGUACCGUCCAGGGCCAGAGGGAACGGCCUUUCACGAGCUCUGCUUGGAAGGCGUGCUCAAGGGCUCCCUCGACACUGGUGGCCGCAGUUUUCGGUGCCGCCAUUUCACAUGCUGGAGUCCAAGUUUGUCAAGAGAGUGGCGCCGGGAUACGAGCUUGUACACCUCCGGUCACCUCAUACUAACAGCUUUCCAUCCAAUCCCUUCUGCUCCCCUUCCCUGCCGCCCACGCUCCUCUGCAGUUUCAAGGUGCCGUGGCCAUUCGCCACGCGUGAAAUACUCUACGUGCUCUUCUCCGUUCACGACGCUGCUACAGGCUUCAUCGCCACCUCCCUCAUCUCUGUCAACAUGCUCUACGUGCUCUUCUCCGUUCACGGCGCUACUACCGGCUUCAUCGCCACCUCCCUCAUCUCUGUCACGCCUGCUUGCACUCCUCUUGAACACCUCACUCGCACCAUGCUGUACCACUCCCUUCUUUCUGUUCUCUUGUCCAUUUACCAUGCUGCUCCUGCUGCUGCUGCUGCUGCUGCUGCUGCUGCUGCUGCUGCUGCUGCUGCUGCUGCUGCUGCUGCUGCUGCUGCUGCUGCUGCUGCUGCUGCUGCUGCUGCUGCUGCUGCUGCUGCUGCUGCUGCUGCUGCUGCUGCUGCUGCUGCUGCUGCUGCUGCUGCUGCUGCUGCUGCUGCUGCUGCUGCUGCUGCUGCUGCUGCUGCUGCUGCUGCUGCUGCUGCUGCUGCUGCUGCUGCUGCUGCUGCUGCUGCUGCUGCUGCUGCUGCUGCUGCUGCUGCUUCUGCUGCUGCCGCCACCGCUGUCUCCGUGCGGGUUGCCACUGCACAAUUACUGAGCAUUGCCCACUCAACCCACUCGCCCAUCUGUUUCUCCUUUCUCUUGUUCAUCCCAUUACCUACCUUUGACCCUGACUCAUAUGGUUUCUCCAAUGACGGUGUGCCACGUGUGCGCUCUGGAGAGGUCCGCAUGAGUGUGAAGGGGGGCUUCGCAUCCAAGGACCUUGGCAACGGCCACUGCUACUUCCGCGGCGUGGCAACGAUUGACAUGAAGCUGAACCUCAUUCCACCGUGGGCCAUCAACUUUGUGUCGCGACAGCUGGCGGGGUCUGGUUACCACCUGCUCUACAGUGAGGUAGAGAGUGUGGCGGACGGCAGCAACAAGGAGGCGGACAAGUUCCGCGCGCUGCUGCGCUCAGACCCCUUCUACUACUCCGUGGGCCGCGCCAUGCGCUCCCACGCAGCCGCAGCAGCAGCGCAGGGCGAGCGGGCGAAGCAGGAGCGGGAGCAGCUGCAGCAGCAGGGCGAGGCGGAGUCGUUCCGACAGAUUGGGGAGCGAGUGGAGAAGCACGUGGAGAGGCUCGUUGCGAUCACGUCUGGGAGUGGGAGUGAGGUUCCUGGUGGUGCUGGUGGUGCUGGUGGUGCUGGUGCUGCUGCUGCUGCUGCUGCUGCUGCUGGUGGAGGUGAUUCGGGAGUCAUGAAUGCAGCUGAAGCAUUAGCAGAGGAAGCUGCUGCGCAGGUGCCGGCUACAGCAGGGACGCCCAAGGCUGCCUCCCCUGCGUUACUGGCGAGACCGCCACGCCCUCCCUCGCCCAGGAGGCUUGUGGCCCCUGCACAACCCGCUACUGCAAAGGCAGCAGCAGCAGGCACUUCACCAGCAGCUCAAGGCCUGCAGUAUGGGCAGUUAAAGCAGAGGGACCCGGCAAUAUACCAUGCAGUUACCACCCUCGAUAGAGCCAUCUCGUUUAUGAGAGCCAGAGCAGCAGCUCAGCGCCAGGCAGCACCUGCUGCUGCAGGCAGUGGUGCUGCUGGGCUCCCAGGCCUGGUACCGCCGAAGCAAGAGGUUUGGAGCUACAGUGGCGAGCUUCGGCCUGUACCUAGGCAGGGUGAAAGUGGAGGGGAUGGGGGUGCUGGGGAGACUGGUGGGAGUGGGGAAGGGGGAACUGAGAGGGUGUGGAUGCUGACUAGGACAAUAUCGGCAGGUCCUGCGGAUCACGGGAGGGGUGAGGGGCUUGGCGCAGUAUCUGACGAGGCACUACAAGCAGCCAAUUACAGUCAAGCCAGGAGAAGCGGACACAUCGUUCUCCGUGACGGGUAUCCUCAUGCCAACACAUCCACUGACGAGUCCCCCGUGAAGCAGUACUAUCUGUGUGCAUGCACAAUGGUUCUUGACAGCGCUAAAUUCAUGGGGGAGUGGCUCCUGUACCAUGGAUUUUUCGGUGUGGAGCAUUUCUUUGUGUAUGACAAUGGCAGUGAAGAUGGGCUUCAAGAAUCCGUGGAAGAAGCUCAGGAGACUGGUCGUGCAAGAGGUUUUGAGUUCUCAACCACAAUUCGCAGCUGGCCCUGGCUCAAGUCUCAGGAGGGCGGUUUUUCUCAUUGUGCUCUUCAAGCCAAGAAGCUCUGCACGUGGGUCAUGUUCGUAGAUGUGGACGAGUUCGUCUUUCCAGCACGGAUGUUGAAGAAAAUUGAGUCACGGAAGCUCUUCACAGCUGGAAACCAGUAUGCUUCUCUUCUCCGCAAGUUCGUGAAAGCCUCGUCCGCGGAGGCUCACCGCGUAGCAUCACCGCGAAUGGCGCUGCUAGAGGGCGUGAUCGCAUUCGACAAGUCCGUCGCGUCGUUUCCGUGGACCAGCCGCGAAGCAGUCACCGAUCUUUUCCGCGCGCAGCUGAGCGGACAGUCCGCGGAUGCGCAGCUGAAUGGAUCAUCCGCGGUGGAGGCGCAGUUGAGCAGACAACCCGCGGAUAGCGUCGUAUCGUCCGGCGCAACCGAGACGACAGAAAGCCUGGAACGUAGCGGAAGUGAACGCGACAAGAGCAACGGCACUACUAUUGACAGCCCGAAAGAUAUGAACGGAGGUCAAGUCAAGGACGGCAUCGGUAAAGUCGGAAGCAAUGGUGGCAUGGCGGGCGAUAGUGAAGCGGUGGUGGAGUAUUGGAGCGCGCAGAUGGCGGGGCUGCUGGAGGAUCUGCGCUCCGUGCGGAUUGGCGGCGCUGCGGAGAAAACUGGCGGCGCUAAAGACACAGCUACGGGCCAUGGAGCCAAGGACAUGCGAUGGAAGCCGUGCGAGCAAGCAACAGAGUACCGCACGCUGCACCGCCCGGGGCCCAACGGCACGGCGGUCCACACGACGUGCAUCGAGGGUGUUGUGCAUGCUCCGGCGGAUGCUGCCCUCGCCAUGUCCUGCGACGCUCCCUUCUUCAAGGAGUGGUGGCCGAACAUCAACAUGCCGUCCCACCGCUGUGAGGAGUCGAGGUAUAUCAAGCGCGUGGGGGAGAACUUCCACCUCUCCUUCAUGCGGUUCAAGGUGCCAUGGCCGCUACCCCCGCAGGAGUUUGCGCUCAUCUUUGUGACGGUCUACGAUGCCGCUUCGGGCAUGACCGUCACCGUGCUGCGAACGCUGCCUGAGAACCCCGCCACUGCGGAUUUCACCAACCACGGGUACAGCCGGGAGGACGCCCCUGCGCCCCUGCCUGGACACAUGCGCAUGGGCAUCAGCGGGGGGUAUGCUGUGAAGGACAUGGGCGAGGGGCGAGCGCACAUGAGGUGCAUGUUCACGCUGGACCUCAAAUUCCCUCCUGCGCUCGUCAACUUUAUUAUCCAGCAGUGUGGUGGAAUCUUGUACCAGUGGUUUACAGAGGAGCUGGCGCGGAUAUACGACGACCCCUCCAGCACCAAAGGGAAGGCGUUCCGCCAGGCUCUCCACGACGAGCCCCUUUACAAUCACGUCCGGGCAGCCAUGGAGAAAUACCGGGCUGCCCGGGCAGCUGAACAGCAGCAACUGGAGGCCGAGCAGCAGCGGAAGCACCAGGAACUGGUGGGCGGUCAGCAAAACGGGCAGGCAGCUGGGGAAAGGAUCCUUCUAGCCAGCAAAGAAGACGAGGAGAAUUCGUUCAGAGAGUUAGGGGCAGAGGUAGAGGCGAAAAUCGAGUCUCUUGUGGCAUAUGUGUCUAGAAGAGCGAGCAGCAAUGGCAGCAUUGAUGGGGAUGGGGUGGAGAUAGUUGAGGGUGGGGAAUGGGGGUGUGUGGAGGUAAGACCAGGGGGAAAGGACAUGGGGGUUGGGGAGGUGAAGGCAAGUGAUAAUAUGGAGGGACUGCAGAUGGAUGGAGGAAGUCAAAAGGGUGGUCUUGAGACGGGGCCGGUAGUCACCCUAUAG